AUGUAUGAAAUUAGUUCAAUUGAUGGUUUGAAAAGGAUAAAUUUUGCUAAAGUACCUUUAAGAAAAGAAUAUUUUAAAACCAAAUUAAAUGAAUGGAUUGAUGAAAAUCAAAAUAAUCCCCUACGCAAAACUCCAAUUAAAUUGAAAAUCACCAAGAAAACUACAACACCAUCACCAGUUAAACGUAAAUUACUAGACCUCAAAAAUGAUACUUCAAAGUUUAAGUUUAAAGAAAAAAGUGAAACUUCAAGAUUAUCAUUACUUGAAAGAAUUAAAUUAAAAGAACAAUUAAAGAAAGAAGAAGAGCCAAAGGAUGAUUAUGAAGCUUUAUUACUUGAUAAAAUACCAAUGAUUUAUGAUACAAUCUACCAUUUACAAGAUCAAAACAAACCAAUUUCUAUAAACAAACUAAUACAAAUUAUCCAAGAUUCAUCAAAUUUACCAAUCCAUGAAUCUGAAAUUAACGACGUAAUGAAACUAUUACAAUCUAAAUGCUCAAAAUUUAAAAUUGUUGAAACAAAUUCACUUCGAGUACUCAAAGUAACAAACUUAAAUAGAGAUCAAGAUUUAAAAUUACUCAAAAGCUAA